GACUUGUGUAGGGGUAGAGGAAACCUGGCAAAACCUCACCACCGUCUUCCGUACCGAGGCGACCAAUCUCAAUCUCGCCAUCUUGUCCUGGACAUUACACCAAGUCUGUUCUGGGGCCUGCUUGUAUGACUUGCCCACCUAUCCGACGGUGACGGCGGGAUCUGUGUCAUACAAUACUCGGUUAUCCAGAGACAUCUUGUUGGCUCAUCCGCUUGAGCCUUUCCAUAAUUGUCCUGAACAACCGACUCCCAAUUCAAGCUUGCGAAACACGAGUUUCGGAACUUACCACUUCAUCAGAUUUGCUUCUGGGACCACCUUGGAACACGACACACCCUGUUUAUCCUCGGGUUUUUGUUGGCGCCGUCCGAAACAAGCAUUUAGCUGGUGCUGGUGCUGGUUGACUCUUUAAAAAAAAAGUCUUGGCUAAUGGUUCGGAGACCCCAAAUCAGUUCUUCUUCGUUGAACAACAGUAGCAUCUUCCGGGAGAUUGGACAUCGAACCAAAUGGAGCAGACUUUCAUGACCAUCCACAACCUGUCGCCCGACGCCAACAUUCUCUUUGUGUCCGAUUCCGUGGCUGAUAUCUUGGGAUACCAACCCCAAGAUGUGCAGGGGAAAUCAUGCUUCGAUUACUUCCACCCCGACGAAGUGCCAUUUGCGCGCUCUAUCCACAGCAGGGGUGUCCUACUCGACAAAGCCGCUGUUCUCCACUACGCCCGGGUCAUGUCGAGCGAUGGGCAGUGGAUUAGCUGCGAAUGUUGCUUCACGAUAGUCCAUGAUGUUUUGGUAGCUUCUACGAGUGUUUAUCGGCGUGGAGAAAGGAGUAAAAGACGGGCGAUAGAAGCACCCCAAAUUCGGCGGAUCUUCUCGUCUUCGCCAAGAGACCCUCGCUACCACAUGCUCGAGCACCUAUCGCCCAAGUUCAAGAUGCAACCAAUGGAGAGGGAACCUCGUGCUGCUCUUAUCCUCAACAGGUUCACCAGAACACUGACAGUAAUGUUUGCGACCAAUGCUGUAUCCUCCAUUCUUGGUGUCCGACCAGAUCAGAUUCAGGACAAGAGCUUCUACGAGUGCAUAGCAGAGAAUUGUCUAGCAGAUGCUAUAAAAUGCCUGGAGAGCGCUAAGGCGAACGACUCUAUCGCCUAUCUUCGUUUCUGGUACCGUGACCCUCGAAGGGAUGAGGAUUUCGAAGAGGAUAACGAAUACGAUGACGAGGAAGACGACGAGGACGAGGACGAAGAGGACGAGCAAGAACAUGACGAAUAUAUGACUAAUGGCGACGCAGCUAAUAUGGAUAGCCAUCCUCACACUAGGAAUUCUAUGGAUGUAGAUGUCCAUGAGGCCUCUGAUCUUAAGAUAAAAGCCGAGGCUGGUAUCAGCCCGGGCCUCUCGAAAGGUACGCUUGGUGGAAAUCCUCAGAUGGCGUUUUUUCAGCCAUCACAGCCAACCGAUUUCCCACCAUUGUCCGGAACUCGGGCUUAUCAACAACCAGGAGAAACCUGUGAUCGGACCAGGAAUUCGGGAAGACGAACUAAUGGACAUCAGAGCCAUCGUCGAAAUCCGAUACCUACAUUUGAACUCGAAGCUGUAGUAUCGUGCACGUCAGAUGGGCUGGUCGUGGUGUUGAGACGAGCUAGGCCACCUAUUCCCUCUCUCCAUCCACCUCUACUUCCUGUUGAUUUUGAAAAUGGGCUCUUUGCGGCGCCUUGGAGCGAACAGCCCAUACGACCUUACUAUCCUCCGGAGCAUUUUUAUACAUUUCGACCGCCAUUGUUACCACAGUACAUGCCUUUGCGAGAACAUGUCAAGACGGCAGGAGGCCCGCCAAUUGACCAGCUUAUGAAGUCGAUUCGGGAUGUGGCUGUGUUUGCGUGGGCGUUAGUAGGCAUUAAUGGCAAUCUCGCUGCGUAUGGCCGCGGGGUUCCAAGGGAGAGCUCGCAGCCCCAUGACACACCAACAGCAUGGGACCCAAACGCGCCUCAGCCGUCAUCGCACCCACAACAAUGGGGAGGACUUUCGUCGCAAGAAGGUCACCAACCAGGUCACCAACCUCGCACAACCAGCGCGACUAAAGCCUCAGAUCUACAGUACAUGCCCGCCUUCAGUACUGAGGCGCCACAGGGGGCUUAUAAUCCUGCCUCUGUCGAGUUCAACAGCAACAGGGGCGCUAACUUACCCGCGUGGCCGCACUCGGGGCCAUAUACUCAUGGAUUUGAAUCGUGGCGUUCUAAUCCCCCAAUGCAACAACCGCCCCAACCGCCCCAACCGCCAUCGUCUGGAUUUCAUCCACACUUGGCAGAACCAUGGGCAGAAGGAUCGGUAUCAUACACGCAGCGCAAUGUGAACAAUUACGCUAUCCCCACCACACAAGCACACACAUCAACAGAAAACGUACGAAGUUAUAGAGACAUGUGGAACUAGGGCUGAUAACCCAGAGUAUAGGGAUCUAUAAGAUUUCUAUAGGAUUGCAUACAUUGCAAUUUCAUCUAUUAAUGAUGUCGUUCUUGAUUCGCGGGAGCCGAAUAUUCUGGCUUGGGCGUUCUUGAGGGGAUUCGUCAUGGGAGAAGCAUUAAUACCGGGGCGCAUUCUUAGUGUGGGGAGUCUUUUAUGGCGCGACGAUAGGGAUAGCUACUGACUGACGUACCUACUACCUACAUAGUAUGUAAAAGACGAUGUAUGCAUGCAUUUACGGCAAUGUCAAUGGAAAGGUAUUGUAGGAAGCGUUUAGGACUUGUUAGGAUUUGUUAGGAUUUUGGUUCUUAAAGGAAAGAUGGGACAUGGAUGAGAAGCAUGGAGAUGCAAUAAGAGAAAAAGGUACAACUUGGGCGCUGAAGCAAGUAACAUAUACAAGAUACCCGGAACUUGAAUCCUGUAAGUCUGGUGGUGGAAGAUUUACAACUUGAGGUA